CAUGCGUAUGAGAGGAAUCCGCGAUAUCACGUACUGCUGGGUGGUCCAGUGAAAAUUACUGUACCGUUGCUGUCAAAAUCGUCAAAAUGGUCAAAAACGAACACAACGAAAGCAGUAACCAGUCUGGUCACAUGCGUCACAUCUGUCGGUAGCGGUUGGUAGUCGUACCGAUCGUACAUAACCCAAGAAAAAUGGGUAGUGCGGUUGAAAUACAGAGCGUGAAUAUGAAACUCUCAGAUUCAAAACACGACGGUGUUGAGGAUUUUGGAGAAAAUUUAAAGGUCCUGCCAACAAGCGAUCAAAUAAAGGAACUGCAAACAAUUCUUCGUGACAGGAAUACAACAAGAAGUGACUUUAAGUUCUAUGCUGACAGACUGAUUCGCUUGGUAAUAGAAGAAAGCUUAAACCAGCUACCAUUUUCAAAAUGUGUUGUUACAACACCUACAGGUGCCAGUUACCAGGGCCUAAAAUACCAGAAGGGCAACUGUGGAGUAAGCAUAGUAAGGAGUGGGGAAGCAAUGGAACAGGGUUUACGCGACUGUUGCCGUUCAAUCCGUAUUGGCAAAAUCCUUGUUGAAUCUGAUGCAGACACUCAUGAAGCUAGGGUGGUGUAUGCUCGUUUUCCAGAGGAUAUUUCUAGGAGAAAAGUGUUACUUAUGUACCCAAUAAUGAGUACAGGAAAUACAGUAAUCAAGGCUGUCGCUGUGUUGAAGGAGCAUAAUGUAGCUGAAGAAAACAUUAUUCUCUCAAACCUAUUCUGCACACCAUUUGCAGCUAAGUCAGUUAUGGCAGCCUACCCACAGAUGCAGAUUCUUACAUCAGAAGUUCAUCAUGUGGCGCCCAAUCAUUUUGGGCAGAAAUAUUUUGGCACAGAUUAAAAUGGACUGAGGUUUCAUGUACUGAUGACGUGUUUCUUAAAUUUUAGAAACUAGGCCAUAAUAUAUUUGCAAACUUCAGAAGUUUAUGAGUAAGAUAUCAGUUAAUUAGUUUUGACAAAAUUUUUUUUGCACUUAUUAGAAGGAGUUUAUUUUCUAUAAUAAGAUAUGAAAACAUGUUUCUUAUAGUUUUGGAUAACAGAAUGUACACCACUUAGAAUUCAGAAGAUACUUGUAAUAAUUCUAAACGUACUGUUCAUUUCAGUAAUGAAGUUCAAGAAAGACAUUGCAGAAUGUUCAGAGGAAGCUUCUUCAUUCUUAUGAGUCACACAUUGAAAAUAAUAUCCAGAAGAUAUUACAGUCAUAAGUGAAUAUCAUUUGGGUACCAACACGGCAUUACAUAUGAUAGGAAGUGUAAUACAUUUCUCUUAGUUCUUUUCCACUUCAUUUAUUUUAUACUGAAUGGAAUAUGUAGAAGUGAUGCCAGUGAAUAACUUGUGUCAUGACUAAAUUCUAAUUUUAUUUAACAUAUAAAUGAAAUAUGUUAAAGGCUUCAAUUAAAAAUUAAUGUUAUUGUAAAAUCUUAUAUUCUCCAUGUUUAUGUAUAUGGUUACAGAGUUUCAAAGCAGUUAAUAUGGCACAAGAAUAUUAAAUCGAGAUUAUGUUCUUAAAUAUUCAAGAUGGAAUAAAUUAUACAUAUAACUGUGGAAGUCAGAUGAGCAUAAAUAACUGAAAAAAUUGUUGUUACUUUCUGUUAUCAUUUUGUACAUAAUCUGAGUGAAGAUUCAGGCACUUGUCGUGUCAUGUGAUGAGUUUCUGUAUGUAUCAAAUACAUGUCCUAGCUCUUCAUAGAA